AAAAAAAACCAUCUUGCAUGUUUUAACCAAAGAAACCAUGGAUUGGUAUUCUUGGUUAUCCAAGACUACUCUUGAUCAAACACUUAUCUAUGAAUAUGGUCUUAUUUUACGCAGAAAUGAGCUUCACAAAGAGGAUUUAACUUACUUCAACCAUGAGUUCCUACAAAGCAUGGGCAUAACUAUAGCCAAACACAGACUAGAGAUUCUCAAAUUGGCAAGAAAGGAAGGAGGAACCACAUCAAAUGGCCUCUCAAGACUUGUUUUGGCAAUCAACAAAACCAAGAAGCUCAUUUCCAAGAACUUCAGCAAGCUCAGUUUUCACCGAACCUCGACUCAUCUUGCUCUAUCCGAGCUCAAACCUUAUCGAACACAGUGGACCGGAGCACUAAAGAUGCUCGAGAGCUCGAAGGAACAAAGGGAAGAGAAAGCCAUAGUCACAACCAGAAACACGAUGAAGUCAGGACCACUAGACAGAAGAAUGCAAGACAAAAUGAUGGUUACAAGUAGGAAUCUGAGUGUCUCAGGUCCUUUGGAUGGGAAAAUUCAAGAAAAACUGAUGUACCCUAAUAGGAGUCCAAUGAAGUCUGGGCCAUUGGACAGAAGGUACCAAAAUAGUGCUGUUUAUCCAAGCAGAAGCAAUAAAUCUGGGCCAUUGGAUGCAAAGGGCAUGAGCCCAAGGCUUAAUCACUACAAUCAAGAAAUGACACAAGCUGAUGAUGGGGUUUACUCACAAUGGUCUUUAAUGUUUCAAGAUAUGAAGCCCACUUGACAACUCAUAUGAAGCUAUCAUCUGUUAAACUAGUUGCAGAUUACAGAAUCCUAGGUCACUGGUACUAUCUUUCUAGCCUCUGUUGUUGAAACAGUUCUAUUGUCUCCUUCAUCUUCUUGUGCCAAGGGUCUAUCAGAAAUAGUCUCUCUACCCCAUGGUAGGGGUAAGGUUGGCACACAUACUACCCUCUCCAAAUCCCACUUGUGGGGUUAUAUUGGGUUGUUGUUGUUGGAAACAGGCAUGGGGUUGCUGUCUCAACAUUCCUUGUUCUGUUGUAACCUUCCUUUUCUGUAUUUGUGUACUUGAAAGUCUUGAAUUUUACUAUCAAAUAUGUGUGACAGUUGGUUCAUAUUGGACAAAAAAAAUGAGAUUUUAAGCCAUGCACAUCUACUACAA